AUGGAGCACUCGCCGCACGCCCUACGACAACUAGUGGAAGGCCUCCAGACUGACCUACGUUCUUUAUCCAGUGAAUCCAAAAAGAAAUUUCCAGCCGUCAAAGAGGCAGCAGAACGGAGCAUGAUGAACUUGAGAACGCUCAUUGUGGGGAAGACACAGAUAGUUGAAGCUCUGACUCAGUCUGAUGGUGUCCUUCACGCUUUCUUGUUUGGGUGUGAAAGUCGGCAGCCGAAGUUGAUACAAAUUUCUCUUACUGCUAUGCAAAAGCUUAUUACUCACAGAGCCAUUCCUGAGUCGUCCAUUGGCAAUAUAAUCAAUUCUCUUUGGGGAUUGAUGGAGAGUCGACUGGAGGAGCUAAAGAUACUGCAGACAAUUAUGGUCUUGGUCAGUUGUUUACAAUGUGUUCACGGAGAGAUGUUAGCCAAGGCCUUUGUUAUCUGUCUUCGCUUGCACACUAGUCGUGAUCCUAUCAUUAGCAACACGGCGUCGGCAUCUGUGAGGCAACUUGUUUGCAUAGUGUUUGAACGUGUUGCGGUGGUAAAGCCGGGAGAUGGAGUCAGAGAAUGUGUGUCUCCGACAAAGCGUCUCCAUAAGAAGUCACCUAGAAAUCUUGAUGCGUGGACUCUGGAUGCUUACUUGCUCUUUCAGGAUCUUUGUCAUUUAAUGAAUGGUGAUAAUGCGGUCUAUUUGGUUGGGUUGAGUGAGAUUGAUCGGUCACUCGGUUUGGAGUUGCUCGAAACUGUUCUCACAAAUUAUGCAGACGUUUUCUUACAGCACCCAGAAUUUAGUUUUCUGCUUAAAGAGCGUAUUUGUCCUCUUGUUAUAAAAUUGUUCUCACCGAGUAUCAAGCACCAGUCAUCUGGGACUCUUGGGACUGUGUUGAUGGAGAAGCCAAGUUUUUCUAUUUCUCUCCACCUACUUAGGAUUGUGUCUGUACUGAUCAAGGAAUUCUUUACGUUACUGAUCACCGAAUGUGAAAUCUUCUUGUCUCUUUUGGUAAAAUUCUUGGACAGCGAUAAGCCAUUCUGGCAACGAACAAUGGCAAUUGAAGUACUACAAAGUCUCUGUUCCCGCCCAAUUCUUUUCAGUUCUUUUUGUCAAUAUUAUGACAUGCAAGAGCAUUCAACGAAAAUCUUUCGGGACAUUAUCAUGACUAUGGGGUCUUUCCUUCAGUCACUCUUUGCCGGUCCGUCGCCUUCUAGUCCAACGUCAGCAGCAACCUCCAGUGUCUCUAGCACUUCGUCGACUAUGUCUGUGGGCUCUACUGGUGCUGGUAGUGGUACAACGAGUAUACCAAGUGGGGCAGCCUUAUUUAGUCCAACUCACAGUUCGAGACGUGGUUUUAUAAGCGGUAGUCAUUUCAUUUCGAGUUCCGACUUGCUUGCCUCUCGGACGCUCAAGCCUGUCAUAUUACAUAUGCUGGACAAGACAGAGCCGCCCGUAGUGCAGGAUUCGUAUGCGCUCGCUGUUGCUGUGACAGGCAUACAGGCUGUUACUGGAAGUAUCAUUUCUUUAGUAUGUAGCCAGCCUACGACAACUGCAGCUAAAAGUCCAGCAGGUACAGAGGAGGAAAUCAUUCGACCACCAGAUGGUGUCUUGAUUGAGAUGGUCAAUUCCUCUUGGUGUGGAGUUUUGGCUGCACUCUCUCUACUUCUUGAUGCUUCAUGCGAUGAACAAGCUACUGAAGAUGUUCUCAAGACGCUCUGUUCUUUCUUACACAUCAGUGGCGCUCUAGAACUUGCGACACCUCGGGAUGCAUUUAUCACAACGUUGUGCAAGGCGUGUUUGCCACCGCAUUAUGCUCUCGCUGCCACGCUGGAUAAUGCUUAUAUGAGUCCGAGGAGUAAGGGCGGCACGCCGGUCUCGGUUUCAACGAAUGUGGUAACAACCGCGGCUGCUGCUCAUUUGUCUCAGAAGAAUCUCCAGUGCAUGCGUAGUCUUCUUGGAGUCGUGCAAUGUCAUGGUGGCGUGUUAGGAUCGGCGUGGUAUCUCGUCCUUAGCACGUUGCAGCAUCUUGUCGACAUACUGAACUUGAAACCGACGUCGAGUGGUAGCUUUAAUGCCGCAGGUGUGUCUGACUCGGGCAUGUCUAAGGUGCCUGUGCCCAGUACUUUUGUAGACUUGUCUAUAGUAGCAUCAGUGUUGUCAAGACUGUUUGAACCAUCUCGGUUUCUUAGUGAAUCGGCUCUUUUGACUUCGCUGGAUGCGCUUUGUCGUAUUUCAAAUGAGACUUUAGAUAGUAUAGGAGCUUCAAAGGAACCGUCUCUGUUUGCACCAGCGAAGCUGUUGGAAGUCGGAUUGAGUAAUAUGUCUCGAUUUGAGCUCGUCUGGGAUAUCAUCGAGUCGCAUUUUCUCAAAUUGUGCCAACAUUCGAAUGGUGCUCUGAGAGAUUUUGCAUCCGAGUGUCUUACUUCGCUAGUACGUAGUGGAUUGAAUUACAAAAACAAGGAGGAUGGUACAAGACUCGAUGAACAGGUUAUGUUGCAGACAUUACAAAAGAUGUCGAGAACGGACAACCUUGACGUUCGGCACCAGCAGUUAGAAUGUGUAUUUCAGGUUUUGCACUCGAAUGGCCAAGAAUUUGUAAAAGGCUGGUCGAUUUUGUUCGACAUACUGAUGCAGGGCGCUCAACUGAAAGACGAGGCGCCUGUUCGGGUAGCAUUUCAAGCGCUGCAGCUCGUUGUAACCGACUUUAUGUCUCUCCUACCGUGCAGCUGUCUGCCUCUCUGUAUCCAGACGGUUGCACGUUUUGGGACACAACAGGUUGAGGUCAACAUCAGUCUGACGGCCAUUGGUUUGCUGUGGAGUGUUUCGGAUUUUUUGGAGCAAAACAGAGAUGCCAUUGAUGCUGAUGCGGACAGCCCAGUGGACGCUGAUCCAAACUGGACGGGCAAUCAUUUGUCCCCGUUUGAGCGACUUUGGCUCUGCUUGUUUGGGCAACUUGCUAUGUUGUGUGUCGACGAUCGGCCACCGGUUCGCAAGAGUGCGUGUCAGACUCUAUUCCAGACGAUCAACACAUAUGGUCACGUUCUAACUCAACAGGCAUGGGAACCAGUCGUUUGGAAGGUGCUAUUUCCCAUGUUGAAAGAGGUCCAGGCUCGAUCAGGGAGUGCUGCUGAUACUAAACUCCAGACGAACGAAGGCGGUAGCACUCGUAUUUUGAUUCACCAUUCUCGAGACACGGAACAAAAGCAGUGGGCCGAAACUCAGAAGAUGGCUUUAGCCGGUGUAGCUCGUGUGUUCCAAGAAAGACGCGCUAUGCUUUGUAAUCUAGACGGAUUUGUUCGUGCAUGGACGUGUCUAUUAGACGUCAUCUACAACUGUGCGUUGUAUCCCAUACCGGAGGUCUCUCUUGCUGCACUAAUGAGCUUCCAAGUUGUCGUUCACGAUGAGAACUUCGUGUAUCGAAAUCGUGAGUCGUGGAGGCACGCAUGGCAAACAUGGCUGGCGAUCGGUCGGCAGUGCUUGCAGGAAGGGGACAAUCGCACUCAAAUGUAUCUGAAAGAGUUGGUCAAGGUAUUCCGGUCGAUGUACUGCAGUCUGGUGGACUUUAGUGGGGAUGAUCUACAUGCUCUGGCUGUCGUGUUGCGAGCUAUUCUUUCUUGUCCAAUUGAUCGUGACUCAAGCAUCUUCCUAACGAUGUCAUCUAGGACUCCAGUACCGAGUCCACUUCAGAGGGCGUGCCUCGAGGCCAUCGAAGAUAUCUACGUCAGUGAUUUUAGUGGAGACUCUCUCGUAUUGUCGAAACAAGGUCAAGAGCUCGCUCCACGAAUCAUCGUUAUUUUGCUUGAAUUUUCACUAUUUGCUUCUCGACCGGGAAAGAGGAAAGACGUAGGAGUUUUAGCAGCCGAUGAGUUGAACUGCACCGUGGCAUUUGGAGAACGCGCCAUGCGUAUGGCAUGCACUCUGUAUUUAGAAACGAAAAAAGAUGCUGCUGUUAUUGAAUCGUUUGUCUUGGACAGAAUACUCAAAUGCGUGCAUGUCCCAUUGAAGCUGAAGUACGAGUGUCCUGUGCAGACGACGUGGCAGCAGGCUGUGGACGUGUUACUGCAAGUCGUGAAGUCUAGUCUCGACGUUGUUUCUCAACCCGAGUUGAAAGAGGCGUUUCUUGGCAUGUGGAAUGAGUUAGGUGGGAUGUUAGAGGAUUUUCUCUUCAGUCCAAAUCUUCCGAAGACUGCCUUACCUGUUGAACAGCGACUGGCUCAUGAAGAGCUGGAUAUCAAGGUUGUCGAGAUGCUGCGCACUGAUAUUUUGACACGACCUCAAUGUCUUCCGCCGAAUUUUAAGAACAAAGUGAUGGAGCUGUUGCAUCGAGGAUCUGAACAUAGCGCCGAGGAGGAAUAUGAAGUUGGACGACCGGGAUCUGUUCUUGUCAGAGAGAGCUUUGCGAAGAGCUGUUUUGAAACGUUACUUCAUGUCUCUUUUCUAACUUCGGAUUCCAAUGCUUCAAAAGACGGUGGUGUGUCCGAGCUGGCAAUCACUACACUUCUAAGCCGAUGUCAAGAUGUUCUCAAAAAGUACGUUUCUGAAGAGAGACUAGCCGGACGGCGACCACUUCCGAGAAGUCAAAUGAGUGAGGUCGCCUUUGUCUUGAAAGCUUCCGGUACCGUUUUGGAGUCUCUGAAGAAAGCUCAUCAGGCGAACGCUGGCUCGGUGACUGUUGAUGUGUGGAAGCAAGUCAUUGAGGUGUACCCGUGUCUGGUUGACUGUGUCACGUGUGUUGCUGCGGACGUGAAGCCGGCUCUGAAAGACGCGUUGCGACAGUUUCAGCAGCUGUUGUCGCCUCCAGCUGCUUUUGACGUAUUGUGACUGUAAGAUAUUUUGUAACUAUUAACUAUUGAAUAAUGUAUUGUAUAUGGCAAA